GAAAAUAAUUAAAAAAUGCAGAUGCAAACGUACAAGCUGGUCGUCGUCGGUGGCGGCGGCGUUGGAAAGUCAGCCAUAACGAUACAGUUCAUACAGAGCUACUUUGUCACAGACUACGAUCCCACCAUCGAGGACUCGUACACGAAACAAUGCGUCAUCGACGAUGUGCCAGCCAAAUUGGACAUUCUGGAUACGGCUGGCCAGGAGGAGUUCAGUGCUAUGCGCGAGCAGUACAUGCGCUCCGGCGAAGGCUUUCUGCUUGUAUUCUCGCUCAACGAUCAUUCCAGCUUCGAUGAGAUACCAAAGUUUCAGCGCCAGAUAUUGAGGGUGAAGGAUCGCGACGAGUUCCCCAUGCUGAUGGUCGGCAACAAGUGCGACCUGGAGCACCAGCGACAGGUCGGCCUGGAGGAGGCCCAAAACACAAGCAGAAACCUGAUUAUACCUUAUAUCGAGUGCAGUGCCAAGCUGCGCGUCAAUGUCGAUCAGGCCUUCCACGAGCUGGUGCGGAUUGUGCGCAAAUUCCAGAUUGCCGAGCGACCCUUCAUCGAGGAGGGAUAUAAGAAGAAGGGCAAAAGGAAGUGCUGCAUGAUGUAAGGAUGCAUGCGCCUGUGUCCUCCAAGGUGACCAGCGGAAGCAGCAGCAGCAACA